GAGAACAGGACGUUGAUCUGAGCUCAGUCAUCGUUUCUUCUUCUGUUGCCUCUGAUGAUUAUGAUGAUGCUUAUAAUCAGACAAUCGGGCGCUUUUAUUCGGAUUUAUUGGAUCGAUGUGUUUGAUUGGAAAUGAAUGAUGAAUCUGUUCAGGGAUUUAAUCUAAUUGAUUUCUUUAUCAUGGAUCGGAAUCUUCUCACACUCAUGAAAGUUUCACUGCUCGCAGUGAGCAUGCUGGUGACGACAGGUUUGUCAGGCACAGACAGCGUUGAUUCGUCAAUACCACAACAAUCUCAUGACUGCAAUCAUUCACUUCUGCUGCUGGAGAUGGAGACGUGUGGAGCUCGAUUCAAAUCAUACAUGGAUUACGUGCUACCACAGGACAGAUGCAACCUCACCAACUUCAUAGGCGAGUAUCACGUCUUCUCCUCCUGCACCGAGAUAAACUCAGGACGCAUCGGAUGCUUUUGGCCCAAUCCGGUGGUGGAACAUUUUAUCAUCCACAUCCACAAACGCUUCUUCUCCAACUGCACGCUGGAGCAGCCCAUUCACGUGGACCCGCCGGACGACACGCUGGCUCUGCUCAUCCUCAUCCCUGUGUUCCUCACGCUGGCCAUGGUGGCGCUCGUCGUCUGGUGCAGUAAGAGAAGCGACAUUCUGGCGUAGAGACUGAAGAUUUCAUUCACAGACUGUAUAUUUGUAGAGGUUCAGCUGUCGUGUCUGUUCAUGAACCUGUAAAACAAAUGAUCAAAUUGUCCACGCCUCAUCGUGUAUCGUCUUCUGCAUCAAAUGAAAUCCCUCCAGAAUCAUUGAGAUGUCUCAUAAGAAAACAAUCAAACCAGAUCGGUCUGUGCCAGCUACUGUAUAGAUCUGUAUAAUUUGUUUUAAUGGAAGUCAGGCCAAAUGCAUCAGAUGAAAAAAACUUUAAGCUUGAUGUUCAUUUCAUUGACACUCGACUGCUAAAUGAUAAACACUGUUUGAUCAUUAACACACAAGUGUGAAUAUUAUUAUCUGUCACAGCCGAUUCAUUGGACACUAAAGCUGAUUCAUUCUUGUAUUGUA